AUGGACUCCAACAAGGAUGUCUGCAGAGGCUUGCUUGAUUCUUACCUAUACUACCCCGUCAACCUCAUCGACCGUCUAGGCAAUGGCAGUGGACAUGCCCUCCAAAGCGGCAACAAGGCAGCAGGGUAUCCCAAUGCCGCGGAAGGAGGAAAGGAUAGCAAGAAGAAAGAUAAAAAGGCUAUGCGCAGCCUCAAGAAGGAGAUGGACAGACACACUGACCCGGAGCUUCUUCGGGUUGCAAGAGAAGACCAAAAGGGACUCCAGGAGGGGACUCACUCGUAUUCACGGGAUGUCGCACUACGAGAGUUGGAAGAACAUGCUGAACUUCCAAUGAUCUCGGGUGCAUCGGUUGAGGAAGGUCGUCGCUCUGGCGGAGAAUAG